AUGGCGCACACCUACUCCGCCGCGCCCACCCGCGACUCCCUCGAGCUCGCCUCCCUCGCCUCCUCCUCCCCCGCUGACACCUCCCCGCGCUCCUCAACCUCCUCGCGCUCCGGCGCCGCCUCCUCCCGCCGCCUCUCCACCUCCUCCUCCACAAACCCAAACUCCCCCACCGCUGAGCACCGCCCCCGCAACUUCCGCACAUACAGCGUCUCCUCCGCAUUCGACUUCAACGCGCACCUCGUCCCCCUCACCACAUCGUCCGACGCCCGAGGCCUCGCAUCGUCGUCCGCCGCCGCCGUGCCGGGGUCCCUCGAGAAGCAGAAGACGCUGUCGUAUCUUAAUGGCUUAUCGCUGCUGAUUGGGCUGCAGAUUGGAUCGGGUAUCUUCUCGUCGCCCAGCCAGGUAAACAACCAUGUGCCCUCCCCGGGCGUCGCGCUCAUCGUGUGGGCCGUGGCAGGAGUGCUGGCGUGGACGGGCGCCGCGAGCUAUGCCGAGCUCGGCGGCGCGAUCCCGCUGAAUGGUGGAAGCGGCGUGUAUCUGCGGCAUUGCUUUGGCGAGCUCGCGGGGUUCCUGUACAGCUGGACGGCGGUGAUUGUGCUGAAGCCGGGCAGCGCGGCGAUUAUUGCAAUCAUCUCGGGGGAGUAUUUCAACAGUGUUGUGUUUGGACUGCUACCUGGCGGAGGAGGAGGAGGAGGAGGCGGUGGGGAAGGGGAGGGAGAGGGAAGGGGGCAGCCGAGUGAGGUGGCGAAUAAGGUCACGGCGGGGCUGCUGCUGCUGCUGGUGACGGCGCUGAAUAUGUUUUCGACGAGACUGACGACGCGGAUUUCGGACUCGCUGCUGUUUCUGAAGGUGGGGAGUUUGCUGGCGAUUACGGUGAUUGGGAUUGUGGUGGCGGCGACGGGGUUGAAUGGCGAUGGGAAGGGCGCGAGUCGGGAGUGGAGGGAGAUGGGCUGGUUUGAGAGCCGGGAGAGCGCCGGGGGUGCGGUGGAGGGCGCAGGGGACACGGCGGUGGGCGGGCUGGGCGAGUAUGCGAUUGCGCUGUAUGCCGGGCUGUGGGCGUUUGAUGGGUGGGAUAAUGUCAACUUUGUCACCGGCGAGAUGAAGAACGCAAAGCGCGACCUCCCCCGCGUCAUCCACAGCGCAAUGCCCAUCGUCAUCGCCUCGUACCUGCUCGCAAACGUCGCCUACUACCUCGUUCUCCCCGCCUCCACAAUCAGCCAGUCCAACACCAUCGCCGUCGCAUUCGGAACCAAAGUCUUCGGCCGCAUCGGCGGCCUCGUCUUCGCCCUCACCGUCUCCCUCUCCUGCUUCGGCGCCCUCAACGCCACAACCUUCACCUCCGGCCGCCUCAUCUACGCCGCCGGCAAAGAGGGCUACCUCCCCCCCAUCUUCGGUACCCUCGGCCUGCGCCCACCACCCACCGACAUCCCGCGCCCCACACGGCUCCCCCCCUCCUCCACUUCCACACCAUCCCUCUGGUCCCGCACGCUCUCGCGUAUCCGCCCCCGCUCCGCCUCCUCCGCCUCAGCACACCACCACCCGCAGCAGGCCCCGCCGUGGAGCAAAACACCCAUCUACGCAAUGCUGCUCAACGCCACAAUCACAUGCCUGUACAUUGCCGUGGGCGAGUUUGGCACGCUGCUGACGUUCUAUGGCGUCGCCGGGUACACGUUUUAUUUCUUGACGGUGCUGGGGCUGGUGGUGCUGCGGGUGAAGGAGCCGGCGCUGGAGAGGAGUUAUAGGACGUGGGUGAGUACGCCGAUUGUGUUUUGCUGCGUGAGUCUGUUUUUGGUGAGUCGGAGUGUGUUUGGGCGGCCGGUGCAGACGCUGGUGGUGUGUGCGUUUGUGGCGGCGGGGGUGCCGGUGUAUUGGUGGAGGGUGGGCGGGGGGGUGGAGGGGGGCAUGGGGUGGUGGAAGGGGAAGGGUUGGGGGAGGGGGUGGUGGGGGAGGGGACGGGGAUAG